AUGGCGCUCCGACGACCGCACCGGAAAUCCCGACACGGGUGUAUGGAAUGCAAGCGGCGACGAGUAAAGUGCGACGAGGCGAGGCCGACGUGCUCCAAUUGUCAAAAGCGCCAUUCGGAAUGCGAGUAUGGCUCGUCUACCUCGCUGCUCUGGGCGAACGAAGAGCCCUCGACGAGGGUGCCGUCGCGGGCCUCGGGUUCCGACAGUGGCCUCCAAGGUGACCCCUCACCGGGAAGCCCCGGGUCCGACUCAUUCGGGUUAUUGGGGCGGCUAAGCGGUGACAGCUCCACGGCUGCUGCUCCUCCCGCUGCUUUGAACCUUCAUGACCUGGAGCUGAUGAUGCAAUGGUGCAAUGCGACGUUCCACACGCUCUCCCGCGAUGAGCGCACAGAUGCAGUCUGGCGGAACGCGGUCCCGGAAGAAGGCCUUUCGCACCCGUUUCUGAUGCACGGCAUUUUAGCUCUGUCUUCGCUCCACUUGGCUCGGACGGUGCCUGAGCCCUCGCGACGGGCUGCGCACCUGAACCGAGCCGUGGUCCACCAAAACCAAGCCCUAGCACUGUUCCGCGAGCUUCUCGGCGAUAUUAACGAAGGAAACUCCAAAGCCAUGUUCGCCUUUGCCAGCAUCGUCGUCGUCUACUCAUUCGGAUUCCCUCACACACCAGACGUCCAAGACCCGUGGGCCUGCGUGGACGACCUAUACCAAGUCCUAGUCCUCACGCGAGGCAUCCAACAAGUGAUCCGGUCCCCAGCCGACCUCCUCAGGGACGGAACAUUCGCACCAAUCCUCCAAUUCGACGAUAAACCCGCCCCAUUACCAGAAAAUGCGACCACGGCCAUCAGGCACCUCUACGAAGCCAACGAAGCCUGUCGUGCCCGCGACCCGCAGCAUGAAACAGAUGCCUACACCGUCACGAUUGACAACAUUGCCGAGAUGCUGAGCUGGGUUUACGGCGGGACAACCUCGACUGUUAUUGCGGGCAGGUGGGCGAUCAAGCUGCCGCCUCGGUUCUUGGACCUGUUGCGCGAGCGCGAGCCAUUGGCACUCGUCAUGGUGGCGUAUUACGGCGUGCUGUUGCAGCAAUUGAAGCAUCGUUGGUGCUUUGACGAGUGGUGUCUGCGGGUUGCGAAAGCCGUGUGGGCGAUUUUGGACGAUCAGUGGAGACCGCUGAUUCAUUGGGCGAUGACAGAGAUCCUCGGUGAGGAUUACAUCGAGUAG